CUCGCUUCUGUUGGCUUACCAACCGAGCAUAUAAGCUCUGGGAGUAAUUUGUUGUGAUUGUGUUCCACUACACCAAGUUGCUCGACACUGAUGAAACCCAAUACAGGUCGAAUUUUGUCUUAAAGCUAUUUCACUUGUUUCAGGUGCUUCUUUGGGAUAAUGUCGCAUCACAGCGAUGACAACAUGCUGAUAGCGACCAGCGAGUCGUUCUGGGAGCCGGGCAACUACAAGAAGACCACCAAGCGGAUAGAGGACGGGUAUCGGCUGUGCGCCGAGCUGAUUAGCUUGGUGGCGGAGCGCGCCGAAAUCGAGAAGAACUACGCCAAGUCGCUGAAAGCGUGGUCGAAGAAGUGGAACGACCUGAUCGAGAAAGGGCCCGAGUACGGGACCACGGAGGCGGCGUGGAAGGGCGUGCUGGGGGAGGCGGACAGGCGGUGCGACCUGCACAACAAAGUCAGGGACUGCCUGACCAACGACGUCCUCAACAAGAUCAAGGCGUGGCAGAAGGAAACGUACCACAAGUCGAUGAUGAAUAUAAAGGAGAAAAAAGACAUGGACGACAAUUUCCGUAAAGCACAAAAACCUUGGUCGAAACUUUUGCAGAAAGUGGAAAAAGCCAAAAACGAGUAUCACACGGCUUGCAAAACCGAAAAGUCAGCAGCCAAUCAGGAGAGGAACGCCUCGGGAGACACGUCCAUUUCGACUGAUCAGGUGAAAAAAAUGCAAGACCGCGUGAUAAAAACCAAAGAGGACGUGCAAAAGUGCAAGGAAAAAUACGAGGCGGCGCUGCAGGAAAUCAACCAGUACAACCCGAAAUACAUGGAGGACAUGACCGUCGUUUUUGACAAGUGUCAAGAGAUGGAGCAGCAAAGGCUCAACUUCAUCAAAAACAUCCUUUUCGAUAUCCACAAGUAUCUCAACAUUUCCCAGGACCCACUGCUGAACCAAAUAUACGAAGAACUCUACCACACGAUAAACAACGCAGACUACGAGAAAGACUUGAAAUGGUGGUCUAACAACUACGGAGUAAACAUGGCGAUGAACUGGCCGCAGUUCGAGGAGUACACCGAAGAGUUCAGGGACAUCCACAGGGGCAAGGUCAAGGAAACGGCGCCCUCUGGCGGCAUUAUGCUCAUUAACCAGCGCCCGGUCAGCGAGGAUUUGCAUGAUUUCUCUGUGAAUAAGUCGGUAAAAACGAAAUCUGCGGCAGCUAAACCGGUGACGGCGAGUCCGCCUGCGCAUGCGCCCGAAACGCGACCUCCCGCCGAGAGAACCGAGAAAAAAGUCGAAAGUCCUGUCAACAGAAAUUCAACGAUAACGAACGGAAGCAGUCAAAAUAGUCAGAACAACCAGGAGCAAAACCCAUUCGACGAGGAGGACUGGGAGGAAAGUGAAACGUUGGUGGACAAUGGAGAAGCCGGCGUGCCCGUCAAGGCGCUCUACGAUUACGAUGGCGCCGAAAGCGACGAGCUGACCUUCAAAACCGGUGAUGUAUUUGAGAAGUUGGAGGAUGAAGACGAGCAGGGUUGGUGCAAGGGUCGUUUCAAGGGCCGAGUGGGCCUCUACCCGGCCAAUUACGUGGAGACCAUUUAAGAAAAAUCAUUCUGUGUCAAAAUUUGUUGAUUUUUGUUGUUAUUUUUGAGAGAAAUAUUUAUGGGCUAUUGCUCAAGUUACAUAAUAGAUUAUAGCUAUAAAUUAAAAUUAAAUUAUAAACACUCUGUCUGAUGUCUGAUAAGUAUGAAUGUCUCUUUUUGUAGGAUUGUACAAAUUUUAAACAAAACAGUAUAAAAUACAUUACGAGAGUACUUUUAGGCUAUAGUUCAGAGUAUUUAAAAAUUAAGUAUUUAUUUAUAUUAAAAAACAAAAAAGGCAAUAACUGUAUUUAUUCAUCUGCUCCCCAUUGCCAAAAACUUAAUUUUUAUUUACCCUGUAUACAGGCCCAGUGUCCCCACGCUAGUAGUAUUAAACGGGACACCCUGUAUAUUAUAAUUACUUGUAAGUUAAUAAGUUUAAGUUUUAGGCCUACACUUUACAUUUGUAUUAAUGUAUAUACAUUGUGGAAUAAAUCAGAAAUCUUCCAGUGGGUAUACAUACUAUAGCUAGACACAUAAAUUAAAACAAAAUCAGUGUAAAUUAUUAUCAUUAUCUGGAUGUUUUCAUUUACUAAUGUUGUGUAUAUACAAUUAAUAAGUAAAAAACCUGAAAUGUUUAUUUUAGAAAUAA